AUGAAAAGUCGAACUUUCAGCGAGGCGAGGGUUUACACUACGGCCAAUGUAAAACGCGGAUCAUCCUACUGGGAUUACGAAAAUACUGUUAUAGAUUGGGUUUCCAACAAUGGUGCUUAUGAAAUAGAAAAAAAGGUAGGACGUGGAAAGUAUUCCGAGGUAUUUCAAGGCGUACAGUUGUCCACGAAAUCGAAAAUUGUGAUUAAAAUGCUAAAACCUGUUAAGAAAAAGAAGAUAAAGCGCGAGAUCAGUAUCCUAACCAACCUCUCUAACCAAUCAAAUCCUUCAACCGCUCAACCUUUUGAUCGUGAUGCAUACUAUGAGAGCAAGAAAGAAGAAGUUCAGGAGUUCAUCAAGAAAGAAGUUUAUAGUCUGCCUCACAAUGGACAUGAAAAUAUAAUUCAACUAUUGGACGUCGUGCGUGACCAAGUCUCUAGAACUCCGGCCUUGGUCUUCGAGCAUGUGGAAAAUGUGGAUUUCCGCAAUCUCUACCCCACAUUUGGCGACUUUGAUAUCCGAUUUUAUAUGUUUGAACUUCUAAAGGCAUUGGACUUUUGUCACUCCAUGGGUAUAAUGCACAGGGAUGUUAAGCCCCAUAAUGUGAUGAUCGACCACUCCAGACAUAAACUUAGACUUAUAGAUUGGGGACUUGCAGAGUUUUACCACCCAAAUAUGGAGUACAACGUCCGCGUGGCUUCUCGUUUUUUCAAAGGACCUGAGCUUUUGGUUGACUACAGGAUGUACGACUACUCUUUAGACUUGUGGUCUUUCGGGACUAUGCUCGCGUCCAUGAUUUUCCAGAAAGAGCCUUUUUUCCAUGGGACCAGCAAUACAGAUCAGUUGGUCAAGAUAGUACGCGUACUGGGCAGUGACGAAUUUGAAAGUUAUUUGCAAAGAUACCAAAUAACGCUACCAUCAGAGUUUCACGAUAUUGAUCAAUAUAUUCGCAGGCCAUGGCACAGAUUUGUCAACGAUUCUAAUAGACAUCUCUCUGGGAAUGACGACAUUAUAGACUUGGUCGACGCUUUGCUUCGCUAUGAUCAUCAAGAAAGGUUAACCGCCAGAGAAGCUAUGGAGCACCCUUGGUUUAGUCCAAUAAGAAAUGGCGAGUAUACAUACAAAUAA